AUGUGUCCCCACUCUCAGGCUCAUGUCCUCAAUAUUGCUAGCCUUAAAAUCAACAUAGUAUAUGGUGAUCAUCAUUUCGAAGAUUUUGUAGAGUCAAACUUUGAUAUUUGCAAAUGGAUAGGCUUGUUGAUCACCUUGGCACAGGGACUUUCAAUUUUAUUGGCUGUGGCUCUAAGAACUCUUGGGCCAAAUCACGGAUUCUAUUACAAUUAUGAUAGUGAUGAGGAUUAUGCUCCUGAAAGGCUUCCGCUCAUAAAUAAUAAAGCUCAACCACCACCAUAUGUUAAUGUCAUAUCUGACCCUCGCUUUGCCACCAAUAAUAACACCUGGAAUGCAAACAAGUGAAGAGAGCAAUGUCAAAUUUCUCAAACAUGAGUUUUGAGAUUGAUGGGUUUGAUGUUUAGGUGGAAAUGAUGAAAGCUAGAGCUUAUAAUUUAGUGUCUAUGACUGCAUGCAUAUAUGUAACAAUUACAAGUUGGGUCAUUGUUUUUACUGUUGGAUUUUGUAUAUUUUCCUUCUGAUACAAUAUUAUGGGAAGUUUACUGCAGGAAAAACCUUUCUUUUGAGCAAUAUAUGUUACUGAAUUAUGGUAUGUAUUAACCUCUUAAAUAUAACAUU